AGGAUGGCACGGAAGUGAUGUAUUAGAUGCGGAAGUGGACAUUUAGCGCCAAAGCUUGAGUUGGAUAGCCGGACAAACAACUAUGGAUGCUUCUCGGAAAAUUAAGUCAAAGGUGUCCGCUGGCUUCAAGAUGCGAGGAUUGAUCUUGCGGCCGGAAGCCAACAGGUACCUUGUGGAGGUGCUUGAGUCUGUCAGUCCCUCAGAUCUGGAUGAUGUCAUUGAACGGGUCCUGGAUGCAGUGGAGAAGCAACCAUUGUCUUCUAGUAUGAUAGAACUGCCUGUGGUGGAAAGUGCUGUGCAGGACUGCACCCAGUCUUGUGAUGAGACCAUUGAUAAUGUUUUCAACAUCAUUGGAGCCUUUGAUGUGCCCAGAUACAUUUACAGCGUGGAGCGUAAGAAGUUUGUGCCUAUCAGCAUGACCAAGCAUCCAGCCCCCAGUCUGUGUGGUUUAGCCAAAGACAAAGCAGAAUUAUUCCGAGAGCGCUACACGAUUUUACAACAGCGCACACAUCGCCAUGAGCUGUUCACCCCACCUGCAAUAGGAGCUGCUGUUGAAGAGGGUCAAAACAAGUUUCAGCUGAAGACAAUUGAAGCACUGCUUGGUAGCACGGCUAAACUGGGAGAGGUGAUUGUACUUGGUAUGGUCACACAACUGAAGGAGGGUAAGUUUUACUUGGAGGACCCAAGUGGAACAGUUCAGCUGGACAUGUCUAAAGCACAGUUUCAUAAUGGCCUGUACACAGAAUCGUGCUUUGUAUUGGCAGAGGGUUGGUAUGAAGAUUCAGUUUUCCAUGUUAAUGGCUUUGGGCUCCCACCAACAGAACCUUCAUCAGCAACAAGGGCAUACUAUGGCAAUGUGAAUUUCUUUGGUGGUCCAUCCAAUACUGCAGUGAAAGCUUCAGCCAAGUUGAAGCAGCUGGAGGAAGAGAAUGAGGAUGCUAUGUUUGUAAUUGUCUCUGACGUGUGGCUCGACAGCGUUGAAGUGCUGGAAAAGCUCAACAUCAUGUUCUCAGGCUAUGCAGCAAUGCCCCCGACCUGUUUCAUUUUGUGUGGAAACUUCUCUUCCGCCCCAUAUGGGAAAACCCAAAUCAAAUCACUAAAAGAGUCAUUGAAAGCACUUGCAGACGUUAUAUGUGCACAUCCCAGCAUUCACAGCAGUAGUCGCUUUGUGUUUGUUCCUGGGCCCGAAGAUCCUGGUCCAGGCACCAUCCUGCCAAGGCCGCCCCUGGCAGAUCACAUCACUGAGGAGUUCAGACAGAGGGUGCCAUUUUCUGUCUUCACAACAAACCCAUGCAGGAUACAAUAUUGCAGCCAGGAGAUUGUAAUUAUCCGGGAAGACCUUGUGAACAAGAUGUGCAGAAACUGCGUGCGGCUGCCUAACAACAAUCUUGACAUUCCAAAUCAUUUUGUUAAGACCAUCCUGUCUCAGGGUCACUUGACUCCACUGCCUUUAUAUGUCAGUCCAGUAUUCUGGGCCUAUGACUACUCCUUGCAUGUCUACCCAGUCCCAGACGUCAUUGUCUUUGCAGACAAAUGUGACCCAUUCAGCAUCACCAACACAGACUGCCUCUGUGUCAACCCGGGCUCAUUUCCAAGAAGUGGCUUCACGUUCAAGGUCUACUACCCAUCCAACAAAACUGUUGAGGACAGCAAACUUCAAGGACUCUAAACAUUGCAAAUUUACAGGAGGAGCUUUUUUGCUGUUUUGUACAUUACCUGUGUAUCAUACUGUGUUUAAAAUGGACUAGAAAUUGUAGUUUUAUUUUGUAUGUAUGUGUGUUUGGUCUUUUAAUAAUAAAGCUUUUAUUCUUUGUACUGAG